CGUUUCGAAGGCGGACUUUUCCCUUCCGCCCAGCCGCCGCACGGCACACCGCCGGCCCCGCAGCCAGCCCCGGGCCGGGCCCCGCAUCCGCGGGGAGGAGCUGUCUCUCGGCUCGGCCGGGUUCCGCAGGGUGCGUCCGCACCGCUGCCCCCGGCUGGGGGCCGUGCUGCGCUGUACCGUACCCUACCGGGCGGCGGGCGGCGGCGUGGCCGGGGCCGCCCCGGGGAGGCCGGCCAGCGCGGCGAGGCGGGGCCGUGCCGUGCCGUGCCGAGCCGUACCGCGAUGGAGGGUGCCGAGGGGGGGAGCCUGCUGGGGGAGCGUGGCCUGGGUCGGCUGGCCCGGUUCAAGACCUACCGGCGGCGGUGGUUCCUGCUGGCUGCCGUGUGCCUGCUGAACUGCUCCAACGCCAUGCUGUGGCUGACAUUUGCUCCUGUGGCUGAUAAGACAGCUGCGUACUUCCACAUUUCUCUGGGGAUGGUCAACUGGCUCUCAAUAGUGUACCUCCUCAUCUCGAUCCCGUUUGGUCUGGUGGCAACAUGGGUUCUCGACAGCGUGGGACUCAGAUGUGCUGUGAUCCUGAGUGCAUGGCUGAACAUGAUGGGUAGCAUCAUCCGGAUGUUCAGCGUCCUGAAGUUCCUGAGCUUGGGUACCCAGAGUUACUGGUACCUGUUUAUUGGACAAUGCCUCUGUGCACUGGCCCAGCCCCUUAUCAUCUUUUCACCAACAAAACUGGCAGCACUAUGGUUCCCAGACCACCAGAGAGCAACAGCAAAUAUGAUCGCAUCAAUGUCCAAUCCCUUGGGUAUUCUUAUAGCAAACGUGCUGUCACCUGCACUAGUUCCCGAAGGAAAGCACAUCCCACUGAUGCUGGGUGUUUAUGCUGUCCCAGCAGUAAUAGCCUGUGCUCUGGCAACUGUGGGGAUUCAUGAGAAGGUACCUCCAACACCUCCUUCGGCCAGUGCCACUAACUCCACCUCCAAGCCGUUCCUCACAGGGCUCAAAAUGCUCCUGAGAAAUAAGCCGUACAUCAUCCUGGCAGUGUGCUUUGGAGGAGGAAUUGGGAUGUUCACCUGCUUUUCAGCUCUGCUAGAACAGAUCCUUUGUGAAAAGGGGUAUUCAAAUAAAUUUGCUGGCCUGAAUGGUGCACUGUUCACGGUGUGUGGUUUGUUGGGUGCUUUCCUGCUAGGCCUGUAUGUUGACCGGACAAGGAAUUUCAUAGAGUCCACCAAGAUUUGUUUCUGCCUGAGUGCCCUUGCCAGCAUCAUGUUCGCAGUGACUUCUCGGUUCAGACAUCAGGAUGUCAUGCUGGCCAUCACCAGCUCACUCUUUGGUUUCUUCGGUUUUGCCAUCUACCCCACUGCCAUGGAACUGGCUGUGGAGUGCUCCUACCCUGUGGGAGAGGGCACAUCUACAGGUCUGAUUUUUGUUGCAAGCCAGAUUGAAGGUGUGAUUUUAAUGAUUCUGCUACAAGCCCUUACCACGCGCAUUUCUGAGGAUCCAGCUUCCACCUGCGCCCUUGAUCAGGGUGGAACCCUGGACUGGACAACUCCAGUACUGGUGCUGGCUGGCCUCUGCAGUGCUAUGUCUUGUUUUUAUGUCAUCUUCUUCCAUACUGACUACAAGCGGCUCCAUGCUGAGACAAACAACAGUGAUUUUGUCAAGGCAGAAGAUACAGCAACAGCAGAUGUUCCUGAAGCAUAACCAGGUCUUCUGGGGAAUGCCAAGGGCCCAGUAUGCAAAGGACUCAGGCCUGUGCAUGACUGCAAAUGCUCAGCUGGCACACUGUGAUAUUCAGAUCCUGUUGCACAACAAGCAAGGGCUAGAGCAGAGUCGUUGGAGCACCUUCACUGUGCUUCCCUCAAUCUUGUAUUUAUUUGUGACUGCGGGCUGUAAGAAAGACUGCGCUGCCAGAAAUGUCAAAGUGGGACUGGAUGACGGGACAACAGGGAUUUUUAGCUGACUUGAUUCAAGCUAAAGAAAUGUUGCAGAGCAUCAUCUUUCAGCCAUUUUUUUUUUUUAUUUUUAUAUACUUGGAUCAGGGGUGAAGCUUUCAGGGUGUGGAAAUCAUGCCUAUGACAAACCUAGUGGAAAACUGUUUUAAGGACUGUGGUUCUAGAAUAGCAUAACAACUCUUCCACUCUAAUGUUGGAGCUAAUUGUGCCUCUUAGCUAGAGGGCAGUAGGAGGUAGAGCAUCCUUCCAUUGCAGCAGGGUAGUGUAGGUAUGUGAUCUGUAAUACAAGUCUGUUACAAUGAGUCACUUUGUCGUCUCCUACAAAUAGGAAAAGAAAAGCCCUGCCUGCAGUGCCGCCUGUGAAAGAAAAUCUCUGUAAGCAGCAGAAUACAGCAGGAUUCCUCACUCUUCUGGUCCCAUGACAGAUGCUGGGACAUUCAGGAUAAGCUUGUUUUACUUGGUCUUAUGUUGUUGCUCUACCUCUCCUGCAACAGCAGUGAUUUAAGUUUUCCACAAGAAGAUGAAGCUGCUGGUUUAAGAUUGGGUAGUGUAUCCUCCCCAGGCCAAGUCAUGCUCUCCUAUAGAGGAACACUGAGGGGGCAGCUCACUUUUUAGGGAAUGACACAGCAGUGCCUGGUGUGGUGGAAGCUGGUGGGAGAACUGGCAAAGGUGACCACUUAGAGAGUGCAGGGAGCUGUCCUAUGUUUCUGCAGAUGACAGGGGCUUUUUUGGGGAAGGCCAAGUAAGAAACAACAUCAACAAGCACCUUCCAAUUCCCUCUGCAACUGGCAGCUGUUCUUCUGUGUUAGAAGAGAUAGGCAGAAGAUCCUAUUUGGAGCUCAGUUACCUUAACAAUUGCAAUGUGUACAACUGAGUUUUUCAUUUUACAGUACUUCCGCAGCAGUCCAGUGUCCUGCUUUGGUGUUCAGAUCUAGAUGUACAACCUGAGAACUUUUAACCCUAUAACAUUUCAGCGGUAAAAAAAAAUGAGACAGGUGGGACUCAGUGAUGCUUCAUAUGAUGCAAUUUGCAAGGGUAUCUGAGUACUUGCUGAUUAAGGGAACCUGAUGGAAAGUGGAUCUGUGACUGGCUUUGUCCAGUCCAGCUAGAGGAUGAUCCUAAAGCAAAGGAUGCACUUUCCCUGAGGAACAGUAUACAGAAGAGUAUUCUUGGUGCCUGAAUUCUCUUCCCCACUAGCCCCUUGUAAAACACCUAGCUGCAACCUUCUAGUAAGCCUGCUAGUUCCCACAGCUCCAGCCCUGCUCUCACCAGUAAGCACUGAUGUUUGUCAAAAGGAGCAGGAAGGAAGUCUAAAACUGCAGUGAAACAAGCUCAAUUUGGACCUGUCAGAGGAAGGAGAUCAGCAAAACCAUCUGGUCAGUUCUGCAGCCCUUGACACGGAACAGAUUAACACCAAAUUUACCUGCCACUCAUGAGUCCUACUGUACUGGGAAGCAAGAAGCACUUGGUACUUUAUAAUUUUAUAUAUUUACAAAUGCUUGUGUUUUUUUAAUAAAGGGUGGUUUAAGAAAA